UCUGUAUUUUUUUUAUUAUUAUAAUGUAAUACAAGUGCUGUAUAUUUAAUUUAAAAGCCUUUUACUGCUAAUGAAAAGCAUGUCUCCUAUUAUUUGACGACAACAACACACGUGUGGUUAUAGUAUACUGUAGUUGCUAUCAAAACACAUACUUGACUUGACUUUUUUGUUUUGUGUGGAUCUAAUUGGAACAUUUAGAAGACAUUUAUUUUUUUGUUGACUAAAAAAUGCCGAAAUCCAAGAGGAAUCGAUUAGUAUCACUGACGGCCACACAGAAGAAGUCGUUUUCCGACAUCAAAGUCAAAUUGGUUAACGAUGUUAGACAAUCGUGUGAUGACUACAGCCGUGUAUUUAUAUUUUCCGUACAAAAUAUGAGAAACGCAAAGCUCAAGGAUGUCCGCAAUCAGUGGAAAGACAGUCGGUUUUAUUUCGGCAAAAACAAAGUGAUGACAAUCAGUUUGGGAAAGACUAAAGAAACUGAAUAUAAACAUAAUUUACAUAAACUAAGUGAUCGUCUCUAUGGUCAGUGCGGACUACUCUUUACUAACCGACCCAAACAUGAGGUGUUAAAAUGGUUUGACGAAUACGGUGACUCUGAUUAUGCCCGAACCGGUUCGGUGGCCACUGAAACUGUUACAUUAGAUGCCGGCCCACUGGAAGAGUUUGCCCAUUCAAUGGAACCGCAUCUGCGAUCGCUGGGAAUGCCGACAACCUUACAGAAAAGUGUUGUCCAUUUGCUACAGGAUUUUGAAGUUUGUCGCGAAGGUGUCGAACUAACCUCACAACAGGCCAGGAUUCUGAAAUUAUUAGGCAAUCAAAUGUCUGAAUUCAAGAUAACAUUGGAAGCCAUUUGGGAGUCCGAUGGUUACUAUGAAGAGUUUGUACCUCUAGUUAAGCCCGAAGUUACUAACGAUAAAACAACGGUUAGGAUGAAGAAAAAUAAGCAAAAAAGAGGACAAAAGAAGAAGACAAAAGUGGAACAAAUGUCCGAUAAUGAAGGCGACGAUAAUCAAGAAAUGUCUGAUGAAGACAAUGAUGACGACGACGAUAUGGAUGAUUAGAUUUUUAAUAUUAAUAAUGAAAUUUUAUUAAAAUAAAAUAA